AUGAGGGAAGGUCUUCAAUUUGUAAGACAUAUUGAAGAAAGCCUUAAUGAAAAUGGUGACUUGGUAAAAGCAAGAAAAGCAGCAAGACGUGUGUGGACAGAUGUUGAAGUAUACUGCAGGUGGCUACAAAUUGAUCUUCAAAAGAAGGCUCGUAAAGGAAAAACAUCAAAGGAGAUUCUUAAAUGGUUGGGUGAUGAAGCAGUAAAAAUUGUGAUACAUUUCAAGAAAAGGAAAAAUGUAAGUCUGGACCACUCACUUCGUAAGUUCAUUGCUGCGAGUUCCAUGUAUAGGAUUAGCCAAAGUAUAUUGCUUCACUGCAAUGAGCAAGAAAAUUGUCCAAGAGAUGAAGAGCUUUUUGAGUGGAUAUCAACCAUAAUCGCAGAUCUGCUAUUUGCUUGCUUUACCAACUUGCCACAUGUCCUAACUAUGAAGUGUCAUGAAGAUGCAAUAGAGAAAAGGGAAGAGAGCAUCCGAAUUGCAGCUCAGCUCCUUGGUAGAUCCAGAAAGAUCCUGAAAAUGCUUAAAGGACGCCAACUUCCAAACUUAGACAUGGACUCGAUGGGGUACAUUGAUAGGUGGCAUACAUUACCAAAGAGUCAGAUACCCAAUGGUUCAGUCAGCACGCUUCUACCGACAAGAUCCUCCACAUGGGGCCAAGUAAUGGUGGUCUCUACUCUUUCAACUUCUCAAGUGCUCAACCUAAAGUCUCUUUCUCCACAUGUCGUGCGUCUUCCACUAUUUGGUAUCAUCGGCUGGGGCAUCAACAUCCACAAGUUUUACAUUCCACGUGUUCUUGAUACCGUUUAG